UCGGGCGCGCUUGUGUUGCACGGAGUGGGGAUGAGGGAUUGUAGGGGGAAGACCGGCCAGAGCAGACGGCACCAGGUGAACUGCGAGCCACCAACGACGGCGCUCCGCAGGAGGUCAAAUCCGCCUAUUCGGCUACCAGCUGCCCUGCAACGUGGCCGCAAGUUGCUGAAUCUGGCAAAGCCAGCGUAUGCACGUGCGUUCGGAAGCAAGUCCCGCUUUAUUCAAUGGGCUUCCUUGCAGACUGUUGAAGCCUACCAACGGCAUGAAUGUUUCUGUAGUAGCUUUGGCUGGGAGCCUGUUGUUUGUGUAAUGAGAAAAAUCUGACCUCUUGAAUGCGCUUCUGAGAAAUCCAUUGCAGUUUCAAACUAUAGCUCAGCGUGGUCCGUGAGUGAAAAUAACCCACCAUGAAUAAAUCAUUUCUCUUUUUGACUGGAAACUAUUCCAUUCAGAAUGCCUCAGAAGGGACUUCCAGACUCUCACACUUUGUGGAUGAAGACUGUCAUGUACCAUUGGCAAUGGUGUUCACCUUGGCCCUGGCUUAUGGAGCUGUUAUCCUCCUUGGCAUUUCUGGAAACCUGGCCUUGAUCAUAAUCAUCUUAAAACAGAAGGAGAUGCGCAAUGUCACUAACAUCCUUAUAGUCAACCUGUCCUUUUCGGACCUGCUCAUUACCAUCAUGUGUCUUCCCUUCACAUUUGUAUACACUUUAAUGGACCACUGGGUUUUUGGGCAGGCUAUGUGCAAGCUGAACUCUUAUGUGCAGUGCGCAUCCAUCACAGUCUCUGUUUUCUCUUUGGUCCUCAUCGCUGUUGAGCGCCAUCAACUGAUUAUCAACCCCCGUGGCUGGAGACCAAACAACAGACAUGCAUACAUAGGGAUUGCUGCCAUCUGGAUUACUGCACUGGCUUCAUCUUUGCCUUUCUUGCUAUAUUACGAACUAACUGAUGAACCGUUCAACAAUAUUACCCUAUACAAGGGCAAAUAUGUGUGCAUGGAUUCAUUUCCUUCAGAGACAAUCCGGCUGUCAUAUACCACAGCUCUCCUGAUCAUACAGUACUUAGGACCUCUUUGUUUUAUAUUUAUUUGCUACUUAAAGAUAUACAUACGCCUAAAAAGAAGGAACAAUAUGAUGGACAAGAUGAGAGACAAUAAAUACCGAUCCACUGAAACUAAAAGGAUCAAUAUCAUGCUUAUGUCUAUUGUGGUUGCUUUUGCAGUCUGCUGGCUGCCUCUGACCAUUUUUAACACAGUCUUUGAUUGGAAUCAUGAAAUUCUACCUGGUGCAACGUGCAGCCAUAACUUGUUGUUUUUAAUCUGUCACCUCACAGCAAUGAUCUCAACCUGUGUGAACCCAAUUUUUUACGGGUUCCUCAACAAAAACUUCCAAAGGGACUUGCAGGUUUUAUUUCGUUUCUGCGAUUUUAACAUUAGGGAUGAUGAUUAUGAGACGAUAGCAAUGUCCACAAUGCACACAGACAUUUCAAAAACCUCGUUGAAGCAAUCCAGCCCCAUUGCCUUUAAAAAAGUAAGUGACAAUGACGAUGAAAAAAUAGAAUUAAACUGCCCAAAUCCCUGACAUGGGUGAGUUCAAAAGACAUUGACAAUCUUAUAAAGAAACAAAUUUCUUUCUUGCUUUUUCCCCCUGGAAAGAACUAUAAAAUCAACUGUCAUAUAGUUGUUUUUCUUUCUUUCUUUCUUUCUUUUGCUGCUGGUAAAAACCAGAACAAUUUAAUUUAUAACAUAAAGAAUGUUGGAUUACCUUCUACUUGAAGUUUCCAUCAAGUGAUUUUCAGUCUGCUGGCUUGCACUUUGAUACAUUUCUGCACUAAGAUCUAUUCUGUAUUUAUUUCAAAGGAUGCUCUGUCGUUGGAACCUAGGGAGGAAAAAAAGAUUCCUUAAUGCUUCACCAAAUCCUGCAAUAUGAAGUCUUUUCCUGUACGGAAUUAGGUCGUCGUGAUCUGGCCAGCUGUUUUUGUGUUGAAAAAAUGCUAUGUGCUAGAAGCAACAGAUUGUGUAGAAAGCAUUACUGAGAAGCGUACAGAUUAAACAAAAACAAAUGGCCAUGUAGAUAUACAUUAUUUAAAGGUAUAAAUAAUAUAGGACAUAGAACAUUGGGAUAAAAAUAAAACAAAUGAAAAAUUCUGGACAUAGUCCAGCUGAUUUUCAGCACUAAAGCUGGAUGCCUAGGAACACGUAUAAAGAGGUAAAUUGCAC